AUGGAUACCUCCAACCUCAGCCAUCAUCCUCACAGCCGGUGGAGCAGCCCGAGCUCUGACUCUGAGCUAUACAGCGUCUCGUCCCCUGAGACUGUCUCUCCAGCACCUUCUAUGGACCUCAACUGCUCUCCUUCUUACCAUCCGAAGCUCACGAGACCUCAAAAAGCCACCUCCAAAAUGACCAAAAUGCCAGGUUCUCACUCAGGCCUUGCCAGGAGGACACGAAGGUCUAGGCUGAAGAACCCGAGUGAGCAGCGCCAGAAUGCCAGCGAGAAAGAGAAGCUCAGAAUGAGGGACCUAACCAAAGCUCUCCACCAUCUCAGAACCUACCUCCCUCCAUCGGUGGCUCCUGUCGGACAGACGCUGACCAAGAUCGAGACGCUACGCCUUACCAUACGGUACAUCUCGUACCUGUCGGCUCAGCUUGGGCUCAGUGAAGAAUAUCUGUCUCAGAGGAAGCAGAUGAGCAAUGGGGAUGAAUGGAAAACCUCUCCAGAGAUUCUGGGCUACUUUCAGUGCAGAUCUACAAGUACUGAGUGGGGAGAGGGACACGGAUAUGGUGAUUAUGGGGAGCAAAAUCAGACUGAAACCAGUUUGGAGUACUCAGAGCAAGGAGUGGACAUGAGCCAGUACAGCACACAGCUCUCAGAGCCAAUGAUAGAUCAGAGUUACAGCCCAGAGGCAAACACAUUUCAACAGCAGCAGUGUGCUCAGUUCACACAGUCAUGCCAGGUUUACGGCUAUCAGCUUGUUCCUCCAGCCUUUUGGAGCUGAAGACUGCGAUAUGGUCUACCAUGAAACUCACUGAC